CUUGGAAUGUUCUUUCUGUGUCCACUGACCCUUGGUCAGGCCUUUGGGCUGCUGUCUUUCAGCUGGAACGUGAAGGGACUCCCUCACCCCCGAGACACUAUGGCCCUGAGCACAGAGUUGAAGAAACAGACACAACUGAGAGAGGUGGCAGGGGUCCUUCUGCAGGCUACAAGCGUGGACAACUGGAGCCAGAUCCAGAGCUUUGAGGCCAAGUCGGAUGACCUCCUCAUCUGUACCUACCCUAAAUCAGGGACAACGUGGAUUCAGGAAAUCGUGGACAUGAUUGAGCAGAAUGGGAACGUGGAGAAGUGCCAGCGAGCCAUCAUCCAGCACCGCCACCCCUUCAUCGAGUGGGCUCGGCCCCCACAGCCCUCAGGUGUGGAAAAAGCCAAAAUGAUGCCCUCUCCACGGAUUCUAAGGACUCACCUUCCCACUCGACUGUUGCCACCAUCUUUCUGGGAUAACAACUGCAAGUUCCUUUAUGUCGCUCGAAAUGCCAAAGACUGUAUGGUUUCCUACUACCAUUUUCAAAGAAUGAAUCAAGUGCUUCCUGACCCUGGAACCUGGGAAGAGUACUUUGAAGCCUUCAUCAAUGGAGAAGUGGCUUGGGGUUCCUGGUUUGACCACGUGAAAGGGUGGUGGGAGCUGAAAGACAGAUACCAGAUUCUCUUCCUCUUCUACGAGGACAUCAAAAGGGAUCCCAAGCACGAAAUUCAGAAGGUGAUGCAGUUCAUGGGGAAGCACUUGGAUGAAGCAGUGCUCGACACGAUUGUUCUGGAGACGUCAUUUGAGAAAAUGAAGGAAAACCCCAUGACGAAUCGUUCUACGGUUCCCAAAUCUAUCCUGGACCAGUCCAUUUCCCCCUUCAUGAGAAAAGGAACUGUGGGGGAUUGGAAAAACCAUUUCACUGUGGCCCAGAAUGAGAGGUUCGAUGAAAUCUACCGAAAAAAGAUGGAAGGCAGCUCCAUAAACUUCUGCCUGGAUCUCUAAGCAGGACUGAAUAAAAUACAAGGGUGGAGGGCAGGAAUGCAGAUGCUGUCUUCAAUCCUUCUGUAUCAGCCAAAAGAAUCCCUGAAAGCACAUUGUAAACAUAUGCAACAUGAUACAAACCAUCUCUGUGAUCACUAACGGCAUGCUACCAC